AAGAGCGCCCUAUCCGCAUCCGCAUAAAUCCGCAGUCAAAUUGAACGAGAGCGCCACUCCCCUUCUGCUAAUCUCUCCCGAAGCAAGCAUGGCCAUGGCGGCCGUGGGCGUCGGCGGCGCAGUGGCCUCUCUCCUCCCGCAGCGCCGCCGAGGCGGCACCGUCGUCACCUGGAGCGGCGCGGCGGCCUGCGUCGGGCGGCGGCGGCGGGCGUCCGUGGCGGUGCGCGCGUCGUACGAGGCCGGGGUGGGCGUGAUGGCGACCAAGGUGGGGAUGAUGACCUACUUCGACCCGGAGACGGGGAAGCCGGUGCCCGUGACGGUCGUCGGGUUCCGGGAGGGCGGCAACGUGGUGACGCAGGUGAAGACGGCCGCCACGGACGGGUACGACGCCGUCCAGGUCGGGUACCACGGCGUGCGCGAGGACAAGCUCACCCGCCCGGAGCUGGGACACCUGGGCAAGGCCGGCGCCCCGCCGCUGAAGCACCUGCAGGAGUUCAGGCUCACCGCCGUCGACGCCUUCGAGCCCGGCCAGCCGCUCGACUUCGCCGACCUCUUCAAGGAGGGCGACAUCAUCGACGUCUCCGGCAACACCAUCGGCAAGGGGUUCCAAGGUGGCAUCAAGAGGCACAACUUCAAGCGAGGGCUGAUGACACACGGUUCCAAGAGCCACAGGCAGCUGGGUUCCAUCGGAGCGGGGACGACGCCGGGGCGUGUAUACAAGGGGAAGAAGAUGCCCGGGAGGAUGGGAGGAAAGAAGACCAAGAUCAGGAAGCUCAAGAUCGUCAAGAUCGACAAUGAUCUCCGGGUGCUCAUGAUCAAGGGUGCCGUGCCAGGAAAGCCCGGGAACCUCCUCCGCAUUACGCCGGCCAAGAUCGUCGGCAAGAACAUCCCCAAGAACUAGACGAGUUCUUUUUUUUUUUGAGGGGUGAAUUCUUAGUGUUUCCAACCCUGCUGUAAACUGGAUGUAAUUCUUUGCCAAUUACCAGUUUUUUGUACACAUGCAACUUCAGAUGAGUGUCGUUGACUAUGGAGUAUGGGCUAACACAA